AUGUCCUUCAAGAUUGCCUAUGCUCCUCAGGUAGCAAGCUUAGCAUCCCAGCACCACGCCAGCGACUACUACAGAGCAAAAUAUGGCCCCAAAGGCUACCCUGUGCCAUACGUGCCGUUCUCCGUAAACCUACCAGACCAGUUCAGGGACCUAAGACGACGACAAGAAUCAUAUGGCCUCUCAAGCACAACUUCUUGGUGGACUUGCGACGCGUCCAUGUCAACGGCAGAUGGCGAACAAGUCUUGGCGGUCUCGGAGUCCACAAAUAUUGGUUCCAUUAUUGAGCUUGAGCAGGAGCUGAGCGCCGCAAUGGAUUCUCCCCUUCAGAGCAAUGCGCACACCGCAGCUCCUCGAAGUGAGCUGAAUACAUGUAAACCCCCUAUCAAAACUUCGUCUACGCAUCCGUUAAACGUCUCCUGCAUAAUACCCAGUGAACUCAUUGCCCUCAUCUCGUCGCACUUUGUAGUCGCAUCUCCAAGUAACUCCGUGCCUGUUUUAUUAGAACUUCCGCCCCAGUUUUACCUUGACCGCCUGGUAUCGCAUCCGCCAUGCCACGCUCUGGACCAAGCACAAACUAGUAUGGGACCGCCCAAUCAUCAAAUUGCGCCCUCCCGCCUCCCUGUCACUUCACCUGUGCCUGUCUACCAUACACAAUCAGCAUCACGACCAAAAAUGCAUGCACGCACACGCUCGAGCAUGAGUCAGGCGAUGCAAGCGGCCAUCAAUACCAGUUUGGCCAUUUUUUCUGCCGAGAAACCCGCAAUAAACUGUCGUCCGCCAUUGUCGCCGAUACCCGAUCGCCGGUCUCCUCGAAGGAGCUCCUUUUUAUUCCAACGCGCCAACGACUCUGCGUUAUCGCUUGCGUUGUCGGUUUCUUUCAAAGCCAAAUCAACUUCAAACCUUAACGAGGGGAUGGAAGAGAACAGCAACAUUAAGAAUCCUCAAGUUUGCUCGCCAGAAUGUCCGGAGGAUAACGCUUCAGGAACAGAUUGCGGAACAGAGACCGCGUACGAUCUUGAAUGCCCGGCAGCAAUUCCAGCCACGCCAAAAGUUCAUACCCCCACGCCUACUCCUUCUUUAACCAGGACAUCCUCCUUGGGUGAUGAAUCCGUGUCCUCUCCCUUUCUCCUUGGUAAUAUGUACAUGUCGUCCUGUCCUGGGAAGAAAGUUCGCCUCCAUGGCCCUCUUCGGGGGCGGAGUGGGAUCUGUCGGGACCUUGACGCUGACCUCCAACGAAUACGUGCCUUAGGCGUGAAGUGCAUCGUAUGUUGUUUGGACGAUAGCGAGUUGGAGUACCUUGGUGCGCCGUGGCCUGAGUAUCGAGCGGCUGCUAUGCUGCUCGGCAUUGACAUCCUACGAAUACCCAUCCCUGAAGGACUCGCACCUCUUGAUACAGCUUCGUUGGAUGGGCAAAUCACCGAGUUAAUUGGUCGUUAUACUGUGAACGGCAUUCCUACACUCGUACACUGUCGUGGCGGCGUCGGGCGUGCUGGCGUUGUAGCGUGCUGCUGGAUUGCGAAACUGGGGCUUUGUGGAUGGCUCGAGGACUCGGGCAUUGAUGCGAACUCAUCCCCUACGUUGAUCAGGCCGCUCACCGAUGGCUACGACGCUGGGGUACGAUGGGACACGGUGUCAUUUGCGAAGAAAAUCAUUACGCUGGUGCGGCGAAGGAGAAGCAUGAAGGCCAUAGAAACAUACGAACAAGCUCGCUUCUUAGUCGACUACGUUGAGUAUCUGCGCCAGGGACAUGGGGUGCGCAUUGGUCAGUCAGCGUGA